AUGUCAGAUCUUAAAGCAAAAUUCGAAGAAGCCGCCGAGAAAGCGCGGGUCGUCCAAGGAGUCAGCAAUGAUGACAAACUCAAGCUUUAUGGAUUGUUCAAGCAAGCCACCCAGGGGCCGAUUGGUGAUCGAGCACGACCCAGUCUCUUCAGUCCAACGGAACGAGCCAAGUUUGAUGCCUGGGCAGCCUUCGACGACAUCGAUAAGCAAACUGCCAUGACGGAAUAUGUGGCCUUGGUAGCCACUCUUUAG